AAAAGAAAUAAGCAAGCACAAUAAGACAAAGGAAGUUAAUAAAUAUAAACAAUGAAAAAAAAUAAUAAACCAGAAAAAAGGAAAACUACGAAAAACGUACAAAAGCUCAAAACUCCACCGGCACGAUCAUCAUCAUCAUCAUCAGGAGCAGCAGACGGCGAGAAGAGUGAGAGCAGGAGUAAAAUGGCAGGGCUGGGCGGCCUCCACCGGGCUGCCUCUCACCUCUCACGCCACCUGGCCAGGCUGAGGGGCUUCCAGGCUGCCAGACACACCCAGGGACAUGCCGCACUCCUGCACACCACACCUGCCCUGGACGCUGGAAUAUUUGGUAAGGAUGGGGAUGAGGAUGAGGGUGUGUCCUUCAUGGAGGAUCUCUUAGAAGCCCUCACAGACAUGGGGACUCAUUACACCCUGGAGGUUAAGGAAAGCAUUCCAGUCACCCCUCAGCUGAGCCCAGUGCACCAUAGAGACACAGGCUUGAGAAGCGGAGAGUUGGAAGUGAAGGAACAGAGUGCGGUUUUAGCAGCGUGUGACAGUGAAAAGGGUGGUGAUGGCAGUGAGAAAGACUACAGAAUGACACACACUCCUCUUACGAGCCGUCAUGACCAUUCCAGUGCCUCAGACCAACAGCCAACAGUCACAGCAGCUACCACAGAUGAGGAGGAUAUGGUGCAGCUGCAGAAGGAGGAACUGGAAAGCAUAGGCAAGGAGUCACAUUCACCAGAGAGUCUUCCUGUAGCCCCAGAGCACCUAGACUCCUUACAUGAGGACCACCACUUGGCAGGUCCCACUCGAAUUAUGCCAAUAGAAGCAGCAUCUCACUAUGACCCUCACCCCAUUGACCUGAACUCAGAUCUCACACAAAUACAGAGAGAGGACCUGGAGAUCUUUGCCACUGAGACCACAGAAGCCACAACAAACACCUCCUUUGAUGUGAUAGAGGAAUUUUAUGAAGCAUCUCAAGAGGAAAUACAAAAUGAGGACUUGCUAAAUGAGUGUCAGGAGGGAGAGGUAGAGCAAGGAGAUGCGGAGUCCCUGACCACUGAGGGCGCUAGUUCUGUUCCUCAGGUACCAGAUGACACAAAGGACGUGAAGGUGGGGACAGUGAUUGCCCUCAUGGUGGCUGAGGGGGAGGACUGGAAGAAUGUGGAGAUGCCCGCUAUAGAAGGAGCAGCACCCACACCCACAUCCGCCACUGAGGAGGCCCCCAGAAAGUCAGCAGAGGCAGAGGCUGGCCAUGGCCACUAUGGCCCUUCAGUGAGGCUGUUGCUGGAGCAGUAUGGCCUGAGGGAAGGGGACGUCCCCCACGGUGGCCCACACGGCAUCCUGGUGAAGGGGGAUGUGCUGCGCGUCAUCAAGGAGAGGAACCUCACACCCAAGGCGCCAGAGUCAGUUCCUCCACCUGAAGCACCACAACCUGCUGCUGCCGCUGCUGCUGCCGCACCAUCACAGCCACUGCCACCACCACCCGCCCCAGUCACUGUGGCAGGGGAUGGAUAUAGAGAUGUGGAGGUGACCAACAUGAGGAGAACCAUUGCAAAGAGGCUCACACAAUCAAAGAGUGGCAUCGCUCAUUCCUACGCCACCAUGGAAUGCUGCAUGGACAGUCUGCUGGAGCUGAGGAAGCAGUACAAGGCAGACGGCGUCAACGUCAGUGUCAAUGACUUAAUCAUCAAGGCGGUGGCUGUGGCCCUCACCAGGUGUCCUGAGAUGAAUUGCGUGUGGCAGGGAGACCAGCUCAAGACAGGCGGCCCAGUGGACGUGAGUGUUGCUGUAGCUACCCCGGCCGGCCUCAUCACCCCAAUAGUGCGAGGGGCAGACAGCCGGGGCCUGGAGGACAUUGCAGCCACCGUGAGGGACCUUGCCACCCGUGCCAAGGCCAACAAAUUGAAGCUGGAUGAGUUUCAGGGAGGAACCUUCACCAUCUCCAACUUGGGAAUGUUUGGCAUCCGGGAGUUCAGCGCCAUCAUCAACCCUCCCCAAUGUGGCAUCCUGGCCGUGGGAGGAAGCCGUCUUGUGCCAGACGAAUCAGGAGAGCCAGUGACCCUCAUGGCCUCCCAGCUCUCCUACGACCGCGGCGCUGUGGAUGACCUAGUGGCGGCAGAGUUCCUCACCAUCCUGAAGUCCCUCCUGGAGAAUCCCCAGUCAAUCCUCUUGGGCUCCUACGUCUCCCAGCCACACCCCCUUGCUGCCCUCCUCUGAGCUCAGCACUGCGACCUCAAGUGAUAGACUUUGUUGUUACUGUGCAGGUGAAUAAAGGUUUAUGUUGUGAAAUUUUAUCAUCUUUGGUUGUCAAGAUGUGUGGAGUGAGUUAAGCACAACAGGGGUUUAUGUACAAUCAUUUUACUGUUUCUGUCUAUCUAUGAGGCUGAGAAGGACUUGCAGGAAGAAAUUAAAUCUUUUUUACAAUUUCUUAUAUCUGUGAGGCUGAAAGGUGCUUGUGGGAGGAGAUAAGUAAUCUUUUGCAGUUUCUUCUAUUUAUAGAAGAAACUUCUAUUUAUUUCUAUUUAUUAUUUAUAGGAAAGACUUGUGGGAGAAAAAAAUUCUUACAAUUUCUUCAGAGGCUGAGGAAUUAGUUUAACUAAUCUCAAUUGUUUCUAUGAAGAUGAAACACGAGAGGGAAGAAAUCCUUCACUCCAAAUUUAAAAUGAAAAGCCAUCAAUCCUUAAAAUAAGGACAUUUAAACAAAAAUGAGGCUGAAAUCAAGAUGAAGCAAAUUUUCGUGGCUGAAAUCUGACACGCCAAUUAAGGAAGGUUCAGUAGUUUAAUCCCUCUCAACAGCUUAACUUGAGUACAGAUGACGGGCUCCUGAUUUCAUUUCCCCUACUCUGCCUUAUCUCAUCCUAGGAAAACAAAGCCACAGGUCCUUCACAGCUGGUCACUAUUCUACUUACCAGAAACUCCCCUCACUCUUGACAUUCAUCUUUCUUUCCUUCUCUGGCUGCACCACAACCACCAACACAACACUGUGGAUACAUUUCUUGGUUACCUUCAAUCCUCAAUUGUUAUUGUAUAUAUUGUAAAGCUUAUAUAUUAAAUUAUUUAAGACAA